AUCUUCACGCUUAUGUAACGGUCGUAACGGUUCAGCCUACUAGUUGGGCGCCAGUGUAAUAACCACUAAGUUGGGAGCCAGUUUAAGGGCCACUUCCGGACUCAGUGGAUGUUUUAAAUAAAGCGGCACUUUAUAGUCAAUCACUUUUUUAUUACUAUUUACACAAUUCUUAACAUUAACGAACACGAGACUAAAAAACUUAAUAAAGAAAACUUGUUACACAAAAUGGCGGAAUCGAAAGAAGUGGAUUAAACAAUGAUGGCGUGAUAUAGAGCCGCGGAGGAUAUCACAACACGUCCGUACGUGUCGGUGGUCGGGGCGCUCUCUCUCUCACCGCUCGCAAUGGCUGCGCUGGCGCGCGAGAUUGCGGCGGUCGGGAGAGGUGGUCGUUCACGCGCUCUCAUUGGACGACCGCGUGACGUUGCAACCACAGAGUAGUCGCACCAUAGACUACGUGCGUUGUUUUUUUAAUACUCGCGCUACAAACGUUAUUUUAAGUAAUUUUAUUAGUGAAUCAAUAAAACCUACGACCGAAGAUUAAACGAACGAACAUUCGAGAACCUACAGUUUUCUGAGAGGCCAUUCUAGAAAUAACUACGGCGAAAUUCUUCACUAUGCGUGUAAGCGUCUUUUCAAACCGAACUCUACAAUUUUAAAUAAUUUCGACGACAUUUUACGACAGUAUUUAUUUACAUCGACGUAGUAAACGCGCAGUUUGAUAACAUGUGGUUCAUAUAACAUGGCAAUUUCUAUUACUCGCCUAACUUUAAGUUUAUUAAUCAUAACAAGAGUCAGUGUAAGCAAAACUAUAAACCAACCAACCGAAUACACGUCACACGAAAAACCAAUGCCUAAUAAUUACAAGCCCAAAGAAGUAGAAAUUAAAACAGAAUCGAUAGACAACAAUAUCGCAGACAGUGACGCUUUAGAUAAAGCAUUAGACAAAAUGUUAGCUAAUAAGAAACUUAUAGUCAAAUUCAAACAUAAAAACCCUAAAAAUGAUGAAAUUAAAGUCAUACAUGCAGUUGAUAUAAUGCACAGUAAUGACAGUAUUACACCUAUAAACUUAUAUGAAUCUGUAAACGAUAGUCCAGAUCGCAUUACAAAAGAAACUGCUGAAAAAAUUAAUGAAAUAAAUAAGGUAGAUAAACAAGACAUGAAAAUGAAACAAAUAGAUGUAUCAAGUGGAAACGAUUAUGAGAAUGGUACUCCAGAAUCUAAAGAUAUACCUGAAUUAUUAAUGGACAUAUUGAAGAAAAAGGUUAGGAAGGAACCUGUUUUGCGUAAUGAAUUUGUGUUGAAGAAUAAAAAUGUUCAACCACACCGAUUUGUUGUAGAAAAUCCUCAGUCACAUGAAGAAAAUAUCUGCAAAAAAGUUUCACAUGGACGACAAUCCAAUAAAGUACCAAUAAACGCAGAAUUGACUGAUUAUGAAGACAAUAACUACGAGAAAAAGUUAAACGAAUAUUAUAAAACACAAUUGCAAGAGCGAAGAGUAGUUAACCAAGUUGUACCAUCUAUGAGUGUUGAAGACUCGUUUUCAACAGAAAAUUAUUCUUUUAAAAAGAAACAAGAAGCAAGAAAGUUUAAAACUAAAAAAGACAGAAAAAAACAUAAAAGGAAUAAGCGAGCCCAUAAACAGAAAAAGAAAAAAGAUAGCACGAAAGAAAUAAUUCGAACUAAACGUAGUAAAACGAAAAACAUACUCAGAAACAGGGACAAUAACUUGCUAUCGCUCAGUUCACAUAAACCAGAUGUUUUAGACACGAUUGAAAUUAAAAUAGCCAAUCCGAUACCUGGUAGGAAACGCCCAAAGAAAGAAAAGCAUCACGCAGAGAAAUACAAUGAUCCCUAUGGAAGAAUGACAAAUUACGAAGAAUAUGAAAGCACUACUCGCAAACCUAAAGUUAAAAAAAUACACUCAUCUUCAAAUAUAGCGAGUUCUAAGGUAAAAAAGCAUAAAGAUGAAGUAAAAUUUGAAACAAGUAAAGUUCCUAAAAAUAAAGAUUAUCAUGAAUCGUCUGGUAUAGCCAAAAGCAUAUCCUGGGAUAGCUCAGAAGACAUAGAUCCAGAAGAUUUAACGCGCACAAAUCAUGAGAAGAAAGACCUAAAUUCCUAUGAAGAACUAUUGAGAGAGAAUGAGAUAAAAAAACACCCGCAACUACCGUUUUACAUAUCAACGCCAAAACCUACUACACUCAAAAAGAAAUACACAAAGAAAGAACUGACUACAAAUUCAAAAGUGUAUCAUAAAAUACUAAUGGUUGAAAAUACAACUACAAAAUUAGACACAUCACCUUUAAGACAUAAAGAGGAAUUGCAAAAACAUUAUAAGAUUGAUAUGAAUGCGACAUUGCAACAGCUUGCUUCAUCAACAAUGUUAGAUAUGUUAACAGAAAAAAUAGCCGCGCAAAUGUUAGAGAAAUUGCAAAAAAGGUUGGAACAACACGGGUUAAGAGCGCUUGGCUUAACAGAACAAGAGAAUGAUUCGGUAGAACACAUUGAAAUUCUAUUUAGUAAUGAUGGAAAUAUGCAGAUUGUGAGCAAUAGGAAGGAUGAUUUAAAUCCUAAUGUAAAUGGGACUAUGUUUUAUUUUGAUGCUAAGCGGAGAAUGUAUCCUGCUAUUUAUUGAUGAGGGCUAGUCAAAUACCUAUCUUGUUACUAUUUUAUUAUAAUAUUCGUUAGAGAUAAUACUAAAUUAAUUAUUAUGUUACCGGCUUACUCACGUAACUGUUUGACGAUGAACUCGACUAGUUUCAACCCAUGCUAGAGGCUCAUAUUCAUGAGCAGCAUUCCGCGACACA